AGAGCAGCCCCAGCGCACGGCAUGUGCCGUGUGCUGCAUCCCGCAUGGAGGCGACACCGUGUGCUGCUGCUGCCGCUGCUGGCAGUGCUGUGCGCGUGGGGGGGCGUGCCCGGCCACGGCCAGUGGAUACAGGAAUCCCAGAAGGCGGUGCUGAAGGCCCUGCUGGGCGAGUGGGGCACGUUCCCUCUCAGCAACUCGUGGGUCACCGGCACCGUGUGCUCGCAGAUGCUGGGCAUCGCAUGCACCCCCGAUGGCUUCAUCACUCGACUGGAGCUCGUCAGCCAGCCUCUGGGGAAGCCCAUCCCCGAUGCACUGAGCGGCCUGCACUCCCUCAAGUACCUUGUUCUGGUUGGAUGCCAGUUGACGGGUUCGCUGCCCUCCGCCCUCUUCACCUUGCAGAGCCUCACAUACAUGGACCUUGCUAGCAACAGCCUCUCUGACUCUAUCCCUGCUGACAUUAGCAAGCUCACCAACUUGCAGUCCCUUACUCUGGCGGAGAAUUAUUUUGAGGGCCCGCUGCCAACGGAAAUGUCAUUUCUAAAGGAGCUCCAUGCCCUGAGGCUGAGCCGCAACUCCCUCUCAGGCCCUCUUCCACCCUUCCUCGCCUCAUUCACUAACCUUGACACAUUAACCCUUGACUUCAACAGUUUCACGGGCUCGCUCCCUGAGGGCCUGGGUCAGCUGCACUGA